UCGUCUGAACCUCCAGCAGCAAUUGAGGGUUCCUGCUGCCUGCUGCUAGCAACUCUCGCUCGCGUACACCACCCCACCGGGGAGAAAACGUGAUGGCACGUCGAACUCGAUCGUCCGUCGCGUCUGCCGGCCCUCUUCCCGGCCCAGAGCAGCCCGAACACACUCACGAACUCCCCGAAGACGCCAGCACCGUCGAUUUCUCCGGCCAGCUCCUCACGCCUGAGAACAGCCGCUCCGAAACAUCGAGCAACCAUGAACAACCGCUAGGUGAAGGCGAGGAAAACCCAGCAGGGCGGCGGAGGUCGACACGCGCGAAACGCGCUUCUCUCCGAGCCAUUGAGAGUAUGGAGGAUAUGAAGGAGGAACCACAACAGUAUCCACGCGCGACGGAGCCUGCGUCGGACGUGCAGAGUCGGAGUGUCUCUGGUGAGACGCUGGUUAAUAGUAUUUUGGAGGGCCAUUCCUCGCGCACGACGCUUCUCAGACAUAGUCUCGCGGUUAUGGAGACAACUUCCUGGAGCCAGACUACACUUGAGCGCGAAAGCGGCGAAGAUGCGGCAGAGGUCGAUGCAGGACCAGAUGUGUCGAAGUCGCAGACUCCGGAUCGCAAACAGGAAGAGGAUACCAGUUCGGUGCGGACACUGAGAAAGAGGGACCAGACAGGAAAGGUCAAUGGCAAUUCUUCCAAUAGCGAGAAGCAGACGCCGACUAGGCGGUCGUCACGGCUGAGUCUUCUGGGCAAGGCCACCAAUCUUGUCGACCGCGCCAGCAGCCUGCUGGGCAAGCGGUCGAGAGAUAUGAUGGAUAAAGGAAAGGAAAUUGGUCGCCGCGCAAGCUUGCGCCCGCGAACAGCCAAGGAAGAGCCUGCAGAUUCUACCAGCAGGGACGCACCCGCAGCAAAGAAGAGGCGCGUGUCAGAGAGUGACCUUCCCUCCAAGGCUGCUUCCGACGAGCUAUCUGCUUCAAAGGAACCGCCUACGCCGGAGACACCACCUCGCUACAAGCCGAAGCGCUGGCUUCUCCAUGGUCUCUACACCGGUCAAGAACCAACGACAGAGCCUCCACGAGUCAGCAACUCGAGAGCGAAUAAUGCGCGCAGAAAGAGCAACGGGAAUGCGCAGAAACAACAGCGGAAGCUCCUCCCAAUGCCGAUGUUUGCGGGCGAUAGGCUCCUGAAGAAUGGCAGGGACUUCAAGUUGCCGUUUGAUAUCUUCUCUCCGCUUCCUCCUGGUCAGCCCAAGCCGGAUGAAUGGCGCAAGACCAACAAGAAUGUGUUCGUGGGCGAGGCAGCCAGUAUCUGGAAGGCAAAUAAGCACGUAGAGCUUUCAACUUGCAUGUGUACGCCGGAAACGGGUUGCGACGAGAACUGUCAGAACCGGUAUAUGUUCUACGAAUGCGACGACAGCAAUUGCCGGUUGGGACUGGGCUGUGGAAACCGCAAUUUCGAGGAGCUCAAGCAUCGCACCAAAGCAGGAGGAAAGUACAACAUUGGUGUUGAAGUGAUCAAGACCAUGGACCGCGGAUAUGGAGUGCGCAGCAACCGGUCCUUCGAGCCUAACCAGAUCAUCGUUGAAUAUACCGGCGAGAUUAUUACCCAGUCGGAAUGCGAGAAUCGGAUGAGGACGAUCUACAAGAAUAAUGAGUGCUACUAUCUUAUGUACUUCGAUCAAAACAUGAUUAUCGAUGCCACGCGCGGCUCGAUUGCCCGCUUCGUGAAUCAUUCGUGUGAGCCGAAUUGCAGAAUGGAGAAGUGGACUGUGGCUGGAAAGCCUCGCAUGGCUCUCUUCGCCGGUGACCGGGGCAUCAUGACUGGGGAGGAGUUAACCUACGACUAUAACUUUGAUCCUUUCUCGCAGAAGAACGUCCAAGAGUGCCGUUGCGGCGCAUCAACCUGCCGCGGCGUGUUGGGACCCCGGCCCAAGGACCAACGUCCUAAAGAGCCCAAGAUGGACGACAAGAAGAAAUCCAAGACCAAGGCUCGUAAGGGAGGCAAGUCGACGCUGGCAGGGACCAAGCGCAAGCUGGAAAGUGUGCUAGACGAAUCAACUUCACGUCUGAACAAGAAACGUAAACUUCUGACCCCAAAGUCGAUCAAAGCCGGUGUCAAAAAGGCAGUCUCCAAGGCGCGCACUUCAGUCUCCGGUAAAGGUCGGGCCACUACACAGGCUAAAAGCACUACCACAAAAAAGACAGUCAAGAAGGUGGCUGCGAAGAGUGCGAGAUCCAAACUCAAGCCGAAGAUGAAGACGACGAAGACCGGAGCGAAAACCGUGGCAAAACCAAAGGCCAAGGCCACUGUAUACCGAUUGAAUUCGAAGGCGACCUCGCGCGCUCCCUCCGUCAGAAAAGCGAGCAACUCUAGCAACAAAUCGGCCAGCACAUCGAAAGCAAAGGCUAGUCCAAACAAGAGGUCAACACCAACUAAAGGUGCUAAAGCCAGCCCAAAACGGGCGACCAAAGCCACGAAAGAAACCAAGAAAAGCCCAACCAAGACGGUCAGCCGUCGAGGCUCAGUCAAGGAUGCCGCUAAGAGUGUUGUUCGGACGGUGAAGAGGGCCAGCAAGGCGUCGACUAAGAGCGCGAAGAUUGUCUAAAGCAACUCGAUAUCGAGGCUGAUACUUCUCGCGUCCUAAUCAGGCUCAACUUCGCAUUUCUCCUUCCUCUCAGCGCCGACUGGACGCUUUGCUCACACGCUGCAUGUUACGCAUAAUUAUUGCUUACGUAGCUCCUACUGUCCUCGAUUUAGUCUCGUUUCUGCGUUCUUCAUCUACCACGUACGUCUCAGGAGGGUGUGCAACAGGAGUUCCGGCUGGGUCCUACGGCGUUCGAACCUCGAUCUUGUACCACUGGAUUUAGUGAUUCUUUUCUUCAGUACCACUAUCAAUAUUC